AUGCAUCUACUACGUGUAUUGCAAGCUCUGACGGUGCCAGCCAUAGUUCUGGGCCUGAAUGUCCAACCCGGUUCCCUCAGGGUGGAUGGCACAAUCAAACCGCUCGCCGUCGACUCUACCAACCCUAGGUUAUCCUGGCGCCUAGUCUCGCAAAGCCGUGGUGACUCGCAGAUUGCUCUCCAGGUCCAGGCUGCAGGUGCUGAUGGAUUAUGGACGUUGCCCAAUCUCUGGGAUUCGGGACGUAUCUCAUCGUCUGACCCCUUCGCAAGGUACAAUGGCCGCGGCCUUAAGUCCCGAUCCGCCAUCUUUUGGAGGGUCAGGGUUUGGGAUGCAAACAACAAACCCUCGCAAUGGAGCCAGGUGUCGACGUUCGAAGUGGGGCUGCUUCGACCUUCGGACUGGGAAGCAUCCUGGAUCACGAAUCCCGAUUUCGCUACUGGCAAGAAUUCGCUUCCAAUGUUUGCGAAAGAAUUCAAUGUGGGUUGUGUUGUCCCUAAGGCGAGGCUUUACCUGCUAGGUCUCGGUGUUCAUGCCCCUGAGAUUAAUGGGCAGGCUGUUGACGACAGGGUCCUUGCGCCGGGCUACUCAACGUUUAAUAAGACAUUGUGGUACUCGACUUACGAUGUGACACAUCUUCUGAAGCCUGGCAACAACGUUAUUGGCGUGCAGCUUGGCAAGGGCAUCUACGACUCCGACAAACCUCUUGGCGGGAAGCGGUACACGAAGUUCACGAUUCCUUCGCAGCCUUUGAAGCUGAUUGCACAGUUGGAGUAUACGUGCCUUCUCGGUAGCUCACACACCGUAACUUCAGACGAUACAUGGACUUCCUCAACCAAUGGUCCUUACCUUGAAGCCCACUGGUACGGAGGUGAAGAGUACAACGCAUUGAAAGAGAUCAAAGACUGGUCUAAGCCAGGCAAGAGCCGUCAGAACUGGACGACUGCGCAGGUCACUACCGGUCCUGGAGGAGCUCUAACAAGCCCUCGAGCACCUCAGAUCAAGAGGUUCGAAACAAUCACAGCCGUGUCCGUCAAACCAGGACCCGACUAUCUUUUGUUUGAUUUCGGCGUCAAUAACGCUGGCACCUUCAACUUCAAGAUCAACGGAACUGGUCUCGCAGGACGACGCGUAACCUUCUGGCCAGCCGAGCGCCUCAAGAGCAAUGGCUAUAUCGACCAGUCAACAAUGGGCACCAAUAUCUUCCAUGCGUACACGAUCAAAAACUCAGAGAGUGAGAUCUACUCACCCAAGUUUGUCUACCACGGUAUGCAAUUUCUUGGGAUUAACUUAACCCUCGGCUCCGAUGUAACAUGGGCUCCCAAGGCUAGCGAUAUGAGCAUGACGGUUAUUCGCGCUUCCAACGAACAAGUACUGGAGGUUUCCAGUAGUAAUGACCUGUUCAAUGGGAUACACAAUAAUAUCGAUCGAUCUAUUAAGAGCAACAUGCAUUCUGUUCUGACAGACUGUCCGCACCGCGAGAAGCUGGGCUGGCUGGAACAAGAUCAUCUGGUCUUCGAUCCCGUCGCCAUGGGCUAUGACAUCGAAGCAUAUGGCAUCGACUUUAUGCGAACCAUCGCCGACGCACAGGCGCCAGAUAUUCCUGGACUGAUUCCAACGACAGCACCCGAAUACGUCGUCUUCAGCGGCCAGUUACUGAUGUACCGUGACGACCCAAACUGGGGUGUAGCAGCGAUCAGGUUUCCUCUCUUCCACUACGAAUACUAUGGCGACAUUACGAUCCUGACAAUGAGGUACAACGUCAUGACACAGUACAUGGACUACCUCCAACGGAAAGCUGGCGGAAACCCUUACAUGCCUGAUAGCAGUCUAGGAGACUGGCUAACGCUGAACAACAUGACUCCGAAAGGGGCAACCGCAACCUUCGCAUAUUACCAGGCCGCUGCAGGCAUGACUGCGGUAGAGAAAUAUCUAAAGCACACAGCGAAAGCAGCAGAAUAUCAAGCAUUAGCCGAAAGUAUACGUGAAGGCUACCAUUCAAGAUACUUCAAUGAGACAGGCUCUCCACACUAUUGUGCCAACACCCAAGCCUGUAACGCCAUGGCACUUGAUAUCGGAGCUGUGCCCGCGGAACAUAAGGAAGCCGUGCUCUCAGCCUUGAUAGACUCGCUAGAAGCGCAAGGCUGGCACUGGGAUGUCGGCGAGAUUGGCCUGCCGUCACUCAUUCGCGUUCUUAAAGGCGCGGAUCGAAACGACAUCCUCUACAAACUCUUCUCCCAGACAACAGUACCAAGCUACGGCUCACAGGUCGUGCAUGGGUCUACCAGUCUCUGGGAGCACUGGGACGCACCAACUACGGGGGGUAGUUACAAUCACUUCAUGUUCGGUUACGGUGACAUAUGGAUAGAGCAACUGAGCGGCCUUUCCCAGAGUAGCGGCUCAGUGGCUUGGAAGCAGAUCGACUACAAGCCUGUGAUAGUAGGCGACUUGACCCAGGCAAGGACAAGCUACAGGACGCCACGUGGGCGGGCAUUGGCGGAGUGGAGCAGAGCCGGAAGUGGCUUGGAGUACAAUGUCGAGGUGCCUGUUGGUUCGAUCGGCACGGUGACACUGAAUAGUACAAAUGUGACACUGGACGGUGGGAAGAUCAAAGCCGGAAUAAAUGGUGUCGAGUCCACAGAAGAGAACGGAGGACAGACGGUGAUUAAGGUUGGCUCAGGGACAUACAAGUUUCAUGCAGAGCUGCCGUAG